AUGGAAGGCAAAGACAGCAUUGAUUGGGCUACAAGUGAUAAGCCAGCAGAGUCGGUCGGGCGAACUGCCGGGGCCGAACCGCCAUCCAAGCGCCGGGUCUUGACCGAGGCGCGACGAGAGCAGAACCGAGUCGCUCAAAGGGCGUAUCGCAAGCGACAAAAAGAGCAUCGUAAACAGCUCAAAGAGGCAGAGUCACGCCGCUAUCAAACACGACGACCGCGACCGCUGCUGAAGCGAUGUGACAUCACUUCCAAGCCCAUCAAAUGCUCUCAUGAUACGCCAAGCCGUGUUCAAGAGCCAUUAAAAGCCCAGAUCCUAUCAACACAGGGCACUCCACGCAGCAAUACCAGUGCAUGUCAUGGUCCUGUCUCACUAAUCCAACCACCUCAAGCGGCUGCCGAUGAGACAGGCAACGGCAUCCCCCCAUCAUCCGAUGCGCUGAUUGUAGAAGACGUGGAGAUAGUUGGGAGCAUAAACGCAUCCGAUGUUCAUGACGACAACUUACAGUUGGUUCCGACUCGUCAUCGAUCAGACAGAUCUAGGACCUCGCACUCCUCCAUAAACAGCCAUCAUGUCGAAUCAAUAUUACCAGAUGUGUACCUCAACAUGCUUCAGUUCGAACCAGUAGCGAUAUUCAACGCUGCAUUUCAAAACGCCCUCUCCAUGGGCUUCGACCUGCCAUUUAUUGCCAACUGUGGCGAUCAUUGCAUCUCACCCUUUUACCAACCCAGCCUCGCUUCAACAACCGACCCAACAGCACUUUUGCAACAGGGGGCCGCCUCUACUGCAUCUUUCAAAAACACCAGCAUUCCUAUCCAUCUUCGACCAACACUCGCACAAGUCCUCAUUCCACACCACGCCAGUUUAGAUCUCAUCCCGCUCCCGUUCCUCCGUGAAAGGGCUAUCUUGUUGUCAGCUGCCAUGCCUGACACCUUCAACAGCUGGGAGCUAAAGUUUGAUAUUUAUGGAAGAGGAGGUUUGACUAUUUGGCGACGUAGUCAGUCUGGAACAGAGAGGCGUUCCAAUGCCACGUAUCAGCCUUGGGAUAUGAAGAGCUGGGAGGCUGCACCGUGGUUUUUGAAAAAGUGGACUAUGAUUAUCGGGGAUGAAGAGAGCGAGUUUUAUAAGCAGAGUAUUGGGUGGCAGUUGAUUAGAGAUUUGAUACUCUCGCAAGACAAGUUGCAGGUUGGAAAUGGAGGCGCUUGA